UCAGGGGCGCUGGGGCAGGCGGCGAGGCGGAUCCUGCGAGCGCUUAAAGCAGCACAGCCACGCUCCCGCGGCGGGGAAGGCGGAAGAGACAAGAAGUAGUCGCGGCCCUGCCUGGCGCCUCUCGGGUUUAUAUGCAGCUGGACGGGUUUCUGCUCGCUCUAGAGAAGAAAGAGAAAGGGAAGCAGCGGGACCGCGGCUCACCUUCCACGGCCAUGUGCUCGAUAAGCGAGGCCAGCAGCACGGAACCCCUGGUGGCCCGCUUCAAACAGGUGGAGGAAACGCUCGAGAAACUGCACCGGGAAAACAGGAUCUUGAAGAACAAAGUGCCUCGGUACAACGCUCUCUGCACCUUGUAUCACGAGUCGGCGCAGCAGCUGAAGCAGCUCCAGCUUCAGCUGGCCGCCAAGGAGGCGACGAUCCGGGAGCUGCGAGGCAGCCUGGCCCGGCAGCAGCAGGCGAGCGGCGAGGCGGGGGCGGCGGGCUCGGAGCCGGCCCGCUCGCUGGUGGAGAGUCUGCUGGAGCAGCUCGGCCAGGCCAGGGACAGCGAGAGGCUCUCGGCCAAAAGAGUGGAAAGUCUCAGCCAGGAAGUAGAGAAACUGAAUCAGCAACUAGAGGAGAAAAAUGGAGAGAUACAGCAGAUGAUAAAUCAGCCUCCAUAUGAAAAGGAGAGAGAAAUCCUGAAACUUCAGAAGAGCUUGGCAGAGAAGGAGAAGGCUCAGGCCACCAGUGAUGUUUUGUGUCGCUCGCUCACCGAUGAAGCUCACCAACUCCAACGCAAACUAGCAUCCACAGCAGAAAUGUGUCAGCACCUGGCCAAAUGUCUGGAAGAGAAGCAGAGAAAAGAGAAGGGGAAUUCAGAUGACCAGAUAGCUACAGAAAGAUCUAACCAGCUUUUAGACAGUGAAACUUCACUUCAAGCUCUUGUUUGCAACCUUCAGGAUGAAAACAGGAUGUUAAAACAAAAAGUAGCUCACGUGGAAGACUUGAAUGCCAAAUGGCAAAGGUACGACGCAAGCAGGGAUGAGUAUGUGAAGAGACUCCACUUGCAGCUGAAAGAGAUGAAGUCCCAGCUGGAGCAGCACCAUGGAGUGACUUCAGCACAAACCAAUUCUGACUUGAUGCACAUGGAGAUAUUCCGGUUAAACAAGCUGCUGGAAGAAAAGAUAAAGGAAUGCACAAAAACCAAGAGAGAGUUGGAAGAUAUGAAGAAGGCGAGCGAAGGAGACACAGAGCGCAUACAAAUGCUGGAACAACAGGUCCUAGUUUAUAAAGAUGAUUUCACCUCUGAGAGGUCAGACCGGGAACGAGCACAGAGUAAAAUACAAGAGCUGCAGGCAGAAGUUGCAUGCCUACAACACCAGCUAGCAAGAAGACAGGACUCAAGAGACACAAGUAGUCAUUUCAGAGGUCACACUGGCAACCAAAAUCAUAAGCACCCACAGAUGAACGUUGAACACCUGCGAGGCAGCAGCCCAGGCCAAACGGGCAUGCAAAGAACAUCAUCACAAUCUGAACAAGCUUCUCCUCCUGUGGAUGAUGGAAACUCAGAAUCUGAGGGCAGCGCACAGGGUGAACUCAGAUGUCCUCAUUGUAUGAGGUUUUUCAGUGAUGAACUUAGUGAUGAAUUCCUCAAGCAUGUUACUGAAUGUUGUCAGUGACUGUGUGCUGUGAGGUGUGUCAGUCGAUCACUACUUUAAAGACAGUGAAACUCUGCUCCAUAUGCAUCUCCUACAGUCCUAAACCAAGAGUAGUUCACAUGAACAGCUCUUAGGAUGAACAGCAUCUACCUCUUACUUGAUUUCACCUUCUCUUGGACUGUAUGAAAGGCUUCAGGAUAAAGCAAAGUGUUUUUAUGAAGAAUUAUUUUUGACAACUCCAAGGAAGGAGACAUAAUGCAAAUUCUGCUGCAGUCUGAACCGAAACCUACAGCGGUAGCUAGCUGCAGAGCGCAGCUCGACUCCUCUUCAAGUCACAUUCUUCACAGCAGCCUGAAAACCUGUGAAAAAAAAAAAUUACUGAACUAGAAAUCUUCCUCCUCUUCCAAAAAUCCAGGCUGAAGGACAGAGGAGGAGGAUUUUGGCAGAAGAAAGGAAAAAUCUUCUUGUGCUUGAUGUGCAUUAAAAGCAAGAAGUGCUCCUCUGUCGACUGAGGCUGAACCUGGAGACAUCUCACCUGCAAACCCUUGGCGAAUCCACUGAAAUCAGGAGAGGUGAAGCCAACACAAAAGGGCUGCUUACUGACUCAAGCUAGCCUGUCUCUUUGCACAGCAACUGUGUACAGUGAUAUUUAUUUUCUUCCUGUGCCCUAAGUAGUUAUUUCACACAUUGGUGUGUGUGUGUGUUUGUUGUCAUGGGUUGUAGUCCUACUUCACCUAAGGAUUAUUUUUAUAAUAAAACUGAUUCAGAGUUGCUUUACUACAGCA